GCUCGCACCACGAUCGCUCGGCCUGUCCCCUCACACAUAUAAGAGACUCCCUGUCGCACACCAGGGGCCCCAUAAUCUCAUCGCACAACUGCAUCUCGUAAUACCCUCUGCACUCAGCACCCUACAUCACUCUCAAUCACUCAUCAUGUCUUCCGGAGCUAUGCAAUCCAAAGUCGGCAACCCGCAGGUCUACAACGACGGUGACCAGAGGCCACACGGUAACCAGUUCGAGGGGCCCCCAGGCGGCAAAGCCGCACAGCAUGGACACAACAUCCACGACCCCAAAGACAACCUGACCCUCAACAACCGGAAAGACCGGGAGGAGGCGCUCGAGCGCGAGGCCGACCGAGAAGCAGAAUCCAAGACGGUCACCGACCCGCUCGCGCCUGCGUCGCAUCACGGUAAUGAGCCAUCAAGGGGCGCACAGGUCGACGCGGAGCUGCAGGCAGAUGAUGAGGCGAGCCUGUCGAAGAAGAAGCAUGAGAAGGGGUCGUUUGGGCCGAAUGUAUGAACCACCAACGCACAUGGACGCGGGCAUUGUACAACGACUGUAGCACUAGCACUCUGCACCUCAAGCAAAGGGUAGAUUCGUCUUGGACUUGUAAUUGUGAACCUACGCCAGAUCACUCAUAUUUCUGACCAUGUUAUCCUUGCGUCAAGCG